AUGGGUGAUAAAGGUUUAGAAUUAUUAGAAAAAUAUCAAGAUGAGUUAAUUGGCCGCAAACUCAACUCGCAGAACAUUGAUCCAGACUCAGAUCUCAGUGAUUCGGAAAUUCUUCAGCAGUUGGAGGAUGAGAUCGAAAAUGGCAAUGAUGGGUUUAUUGAUAAUUAUAGGGCUAAGAGACUUGAACAGCUUUCCACUGACCUUAAGGAAACAAGAAAGAACCUUAGAGAAGACCCGGAUACUGGAAUGUUAGUUGAGAUCCACGACGAAGGUCAACUAAUGAGACUUUCAUCAACUACCCCAGCCAUUGUAAUACAUUUCUAUCAAGCACAUUUCCGCACUUGUUCUCUUCUUAACUCGAAGCUCGAAAUUCUCGCCUCAAAAAACCCCGGCACGAAAUUCGUUUUCAUUUCCGCAACAAAAUGUCCAUUUCUUGUAACAAAACUAAAGAUCGAUGUUUUACCGUGCGUAAUAACUUACGUGAAAGGUGUUGAAACUGGUAGAUUGGUCGGAUUACAGGGACUAAAAUAUGAUGAAAGAACAGGAGAUUUGGAUAUUUCACUUUUAGAAAAUUACUUAUACAAUACAAGAGCUUUGCAGAAAAAAGCUAUCAAUAUCUAUUCAGUGUCCAAAGACAAGAUGAAGACAAAUAUUCUGAAUGAUGACGAUGAUGAAGAUGAUGAUGACUUUUUUGAUUGA